GGCCCAGCUGCCACCCCCACUCUUCCUCCUCCUCCUAGGCUAGCUCCCUCCGGCUCCGGCAGACUCUCCCUCCCUUCCAUGGCGGAUCGGCACGGCGAGGGCGGCGUGGCCUCGGCGCGGCGGCCGGGGCGCGCGGACCUGGACGACCAGUCGACGACGCUGCUGCAGCGCGUGCAGGCGCACCUCCCGAACGCGACGCAGGUGGUGGGCCUGCUGACCCUGCUCGUCGCCGGCGCGGCGCUGCUGGUGCUGGCGGGGCUGACGUUCACGGGCGCGGUGGUGGCGCUCGUCUUCCUCGGCCCGCUGGCGCUGCUGACCAGCCCCAUCUGGGUGCCCUUCUCCUUCGCGCUCCUGGUCGUGGCCGUGGCGGCGCUCUCCUUCGUGGGCUUCGCCGUGGCCGCGCUCGCCGCGGCCACCUGGGCGUACCGGUACUUCACGGGGCGGCACCCCGUGGGCGCCGACCGCGUGGACCGCGCCCGCAGCCGCCUCGCCGACACCGCCAGCCACGUCAAGGACUACGCCCGCCGCGAGUACGGCGGCUACCUCGGCAACCGCACCAAGGACGCCGCGCCCGGCGCCUAGGCGCGCGUGACCCGGCCGUCGCCGCCGCGCGUGCGUGCGUGCGUGCACGUCGCGGAUAGAUCGUUACGAUAUGUUCGUUCUGUACUCUCCCAGCUGUUGGUGAUCUCGUCGUCUUCACGUGUAUGAACUACUAUUAGUUUCGUUUGUUUGUUCUUAA